AUGCCCCGGACAAUACCAACAAUUCUCCUACUAGGCACAUGCGACACCAAACUAUCAGAACUUUUAUACACAAAAUCCCAAAUCGAGAAACACACCCUCUGCCAAGUCCAAUUAAUGGAUAUUGGCCGCAACCCAAUCACCCACGACAAGAUCACCUUCGGCCAAGAAAUCUACAGCAGCUAUUUCACCUCUCUCAAACGACCAACCGUCGAAAUCAAAACUCUCGACCGCACAGAGUACAUCGACACUCUGGCCCCAUACGCAAGUUCCUUUGUAUCCGAUCUGUUUGCGGAAAAGAAAGUCCACGGGAUCAUUGGCAUAGGCGGGUCCUGCGGUACAGCGCUAGCUACGCAGGUUAUGCGUGAUGCGCUGCCGGUUGGGGUUCCCAAGUUAAUGGUCUCGACGAUGGCGUCGGGGGAUGUAGGGCCGUACAUUGGUCAGACUGAUAUUACAAUGAUGUACAGCGUCGUGGACAUUGCAGGUCGGAACCGGUUGUUGGAGAGAGUUUUGGGGAAUGCGGCCGGUGCGAUUGCAGGGAUGGCGAGGGCUUAUUUUGAAGACGUUUCGUCGAAGUCGACAGCAGUGACAUCAGUCCCCGCUACUACCGGGACACAGACCGGUUCAGAACAGCCAUCACAGACACAAAACGACACCGUCCGCAUUGGAAUCACCAUGUUCGGCGCUCCGGCGGAAAAAGCCAUGGAACGGCUAAUAUCAGAAGAUCAACUAGACGCCGUCCUAGACCUAACGACGACCGAAAUCGCCGAUGAAGUCGUCGGCGGCGUCCUCAGCGCAGGACCCACGCGCCUAUGCGCCGCCACGAAAAGAAACAUCCCCCGCGUGCUCAGCCUAGGUGCCUGCGACAUUGUCAAUUUCGGAACUCCCGAAUCAGUGCCCUAUGUUUUCGCCCAGGCGACGGGUCCGCAUAAGCGGGUGUUCCAUCCGCAUAAUUCCACCGUGACGCUUAUGCGCACUACGAAGGAGGAGUGUGUUCGCAUCGCGAAGGUCAUUGCGACGAAUUUGCUCGAGGGGAAUGCGGGAUGGGAGAGGGACUGUCGGACGAAGGUGAUUCUGCCUCUGGGUGGGGUUAGUUUGCUGGAUACUCCGGAGAAUCCAUUCUGGAAUCCCGUGGCGGAUAGGGCGCUGUUUACCACUUUGGAGGAUGAGUUGAGGGGUAGUGAGAUAUUGGUUGUUCGUGAUGGUAGGCCUAUUAAUGAUCCAGGGUUUGCGGUUGCUGCUGCUGAUAUGCUGUGUGAAUUGAUUCGGAAACAUCGAGGGGGAGGUAGCAAUACCGCCUAA